AUGGAGACUGCAGAGCCCGUAUCAUACGAGUUCCCCGGCCAUGCCGUUGGUGCUGUCGCCUCCCGUCGCAUGAUGAGCUCCAGCCUCGGCCAUAACUUCUCCUUCUAUACAGCGAACCCGACGGCGUCGUUUCCAUUGCCAUACCACCAGCCACCGCCGGCGACAUACGGCUUCAGCCAUCCCCUUAACACCCAUCACCACCAUCAUCAACAACAACAACAGCAGCAGCAACAAGCGCAUCAUCACCACCACCAUAAUCAACAGCACCACCAUGCUGGCUACCAGCAUUUCUUCGUCCCUAACCCCCCGCUCAGCGCGCAGUCCGUGCGCCUGGCCUCAGAGCCACCAUUAGUUCAGCAGAUCCCCGACAUCCGGCCGGCCAGAAACGCUGUCAACAGAGUAUCUCGGGACUCCGUGUCCAAGGUCGAGCAAGACGUGCCCCCACCCCUAAGCCCAACCGCCGCGGAUCCUGCCAACAGUGCACCUGCUUCGGAAAAGAACCCCAAUUCGAGCGAAGUUGAGUUCUCGACAGAGGUAGAUGUGUUGAUGAAAGCGAUACAAGCCAAGGGAACAUCGCAGCCGACGGCCUUGCAGUCGCUGCCGCCAUUGCAGCAGCUGGCCCAUGGAGGAGGCAAUGGGUUUGCUCAGCCCUACAUGUCACCGGUUGCGAAUGCUCGAGGAACAGUCAUCAUCGAAGACCAGCAAUCCCGCUCCGGGAAAAAGCGCAAGUAUACAUGCACUCUGCCGCACUGCGGGAAAAGCUUCGCUCAGAAGACUCAUCUUGACAUUCAUACAAGAGCCCAUACUGGAGACAAGCCAUUCGUCUGCAAAGAGCCCUCAUGCGGUCAGCGAUUUUCGCAGCUAGGAAAUCUCAAGACUCAUCAAAGACGCCAUACUGGAGAGAAACCCUUCUCCUGCGACAUCUGCCAGAAGAAAUUUGCCCAGCGAGGGAACGUCCGUGCCCACAAAAUCACUCACCUGAACACCAAACCUUUCACCUGUCUUUUAGAAGGCUGUAGCAAACAGUUUACUCAACUCGGGAAUCUUAAGUCGCAUCAAAAUAAGUUCCACGCACAAACGCUCCAAGCCCUAACCAAAAAGUUCUCUACCAUGAUCGACGGUGAACACAUGAGCCCCCAGGACCGGAAACUGUGGGAAUAUUUUGCAGGAUUAUAUAAGAAUAGCAACAAGGGAAUCAAAGGGCGUGGGAAAGAUCGCAGAAUCUCCAAGACUGACGUGGGUGCUGAUGGACGGCGACGUUCGAGUGCUGAUGACCAAGCCCGCCGGGGGAGCUACGAGGACUCCAUUUAUACAGGGGCGUCUAGUAGUGAUGAGGACAAUGAGGACACAUACUAUAUCGGGAAGCGCGAUGCCGAGUGA